AUGGAGCAGUCCAGACGGCGAGAGGACGAGGCUCAGGACGUCGCCAGCCUGGGCCCUGCUCCGAGUCUGCCGAGCUUUCCGGCUCAGAUGAGGGACGCCGACGAAUCUGGUCGCCGGUCGAGUGAUCCCGCCGGCCGCCAAGCCAAGCGACCAAGCCAGCUCGACCUCUCCAAGGCCAGAGAAGCCCACUCGAAGCUCGGACAGGGCGUGCCUAUGACGGCAAGCUCGUCUCAUGCCACCUCACAGUCCCUGCAGCAGGAGGACGAGGACCAGACGCUCGACUGCCUCCUCACUGCUCAGCAAGCCUUCCACGCCACGCUCAACGGACUCUUGCCGCCUUCUGCGCCAUCUCUCUUCGACUCACGCGCGACGGGUGCCUUUGAGAGUGCAGAGCUCAAGGAGGAGCGCUUGCUCGCCGAAGACAGUGAGCGACUAGAAUCAGCAUCCUCUACAGGGUCGCUCGAGGGGAGCCCUCUUGAGCUCUCAAAGCAAAUCGUCGAACUCCUUCGGUGCCUCCAUCGCCUCAUCUUGCUCGUUUCCGGCGGGGGUUACGAUGAGGAACGGAUCCAGAUGUCGCAGUCACGUCGCGCGUCCGUUGCGCCCACCGCGUUUCGACAGGCAGACACUCCCGCUGAGCUCUCGCGUGCUUCCAGCCUCGACGGUACGCCCGAAGCGCAUGCAGCCCUCUCGCACGCCUUGGCCAGCCAAGUCGAAGCCCUCCGUCUUCAGUCUCCUUCUCCGUCCAAGCCAAGAUUCCCACCCUUGCAGCCUGUCCUUACUGAUGACAAUGGAACUCCGCGAAGACCAGCCUCAAUCUCGAGCUUGCCCAAAGCAAUGUCGCCCAGUACGCCCAUGCACGCCGAUUCCUACUCGUCCGCUCGCGAAGUGAUUGACGCCGAAUCAGACCUGCUCUGGGGACGGGUCAACGAUCUGCUCGAGCAAGUGACGCAGAUCUGCGCAGAGCACGUUUCGACAGGUAGACACAGGCAAGCGCGAGCUCAGGACGAAGGCUCAAGAUACGACAGAGCAACACUGGCCCAGCCGACACAAGGUGACUUGCCGAGCUAUGAAGAUGCAGAGAACCUGCCGGACUACGAAACAGGCGAUGCGCGCCAGCCGAGUACGCCUGAGCGCGACGUCAAGCAAAGCUCUCGAUCGGAUGAGAAGCACGCGCACCAAUUUGCAGACGUUGCCUCUGCCAUAGAGCGGCUAUACACAGUCGCACCCCAGCUCGCAAACCAGCGCACCUCGCUGCGGGCCAUACCAACAGACAGACAAGAGAUCAGACAACGCCAGCUUGUCCGUCUUGGCCGAGCCAUCGAACGUUUGUCUGAUACCCGCCUGGAAGGCCAGCGCGCCGAAAGUCAGCCACAGACGCCAGCUACGAUCGGAAAAGCCUCGGUCAGAUUAGCUGACAGCCUCGAUGACAUCCUGUCGAGAAUCAACAAAGCUUCAUCACGCACAAUGGGUCAGCGAGCUGAGCUGACACCGCGUCAAUGCGAAGUCCUCCAGCAGGCAAAGAGAACGGCGGAGAUCGUUGCUUCUGGCUUGACCCCAAUCAAUGAGCGUCAAGAGCACGAUAGGAUGGAGCGUAUCAUCAAGAAGACCGGCCAAGGAAGGCUCAGUCGGCAAGACGCUUCGUUCAUGUCCUCGACGCCUUUUGCCGAUCAAGGCAGACGAGGCUCGACGUUGGCCGAAUUCCUCAUACAGGAUGGCCAAGCAAUAUCGCCGCAUGGGAGCAGACCGCCGAGCCAGCUCAGCGCCGAUCGCAUGUCGACUGAGCGCAAGGAGGCCACCUCAGACCACAUACAGAUCUACGCAGAGGCAGCAAAUGCUUCGAAAACACUCUCAGUCUACCUUUGGUCGAACGAGCCGCUUUCGCUCGCAUGCCGCGAGCUGCGAUCGAAUAUGCUGGCGCUUGCGGCCACUCGGCAUCAGGUAUACUCCGUAAAAUUACCAGGCGCUCUGGAAACAUACGAGCCACUAGCUCUAAACGACAAUGCAGGUCUCAUCACAAUCAAGUAUCGCCUUCAACCGGAGGACACAUCUUCAUCGCAGCGCUCCUUCGAGAUCUGGCCGGCAUCCCAGCUGAAUGAUGUCCGGCCGACUGCGCUUCACUGUAAACAAUGUCACACUGUACUUGCAGCUCUACGAGAUUCCCCAGCAUACCUGGCGUUGCCUUCAGAAGGCUGGAACGAUCUCGUGGAUACAUGGCUUUGCCACAAAACUCGCACUGUCGAGAAUCGCGUCGAGGCCGACUCAAUACAGGCAUUCAGUGGCCUCGACGGCACGACCCGCUUUACACCGACCAAAACAUCCUUGCUGGUCUCAUCUGCCUACCUACUCAUCGAUGGUAACGCGACGGAAAGUUGGCAUGCACUCUCAAACCAGUCGCAAAUCGCGCAAGAUGGCUCGCGCUGGUAUCCUGUCGGCUGUUCAACGUGCGAAAGUCCGGUAGCCGAGGCGCGAGCCCAGGCGAUGUCUGACAGACUGAUACCUGCCCCUCAACGCAAAGCAGAUGCUUGUCUCAAGUUCUGGAAGCACGCCGUCACCUUCGACGCGACAGCGACUGUGCAAUUAGGAACGUACAGCUCACCGACAUUCAUAGUCAAUCAAUUGCUGCAGCUGUCUCGUGAUACUGGCUCGUACCGCUUCAGGUUGACGUGCAAUGGCCACACGAAAGUGCUUCUAUGGCUGUUCAACCCAGACAUGUCUGUCAUGACGAGUCAAGCCGUGAUCGACGCAGGCUUUGCGAAGCUGCACAAGAGUGUCAAGAUCUUCUUCGAAACAGCAGAGCGUGUUCAAGCUUCCGUCGCAAAGAGUUUCGAAGGAUAUCAGACCGAGAGCCUAGAGCUUGCAGAUGCGACCUGUAGCUUGAUGGUGGCAGAGCUCGAGGAGAAGCAUAGAAGCCUGCCUGGGCAUAUACUUCCUGUUGUAUUUGCCGGCCUGCGUGCCUCGUAUCUGCAUCGCACUUAG